ACCCCGAAUGGGCCAGUUUGAACCUGGGAGUGCUCAUGUGCAUCGAGUGUUCCGGAAUCCACCGAAAUCUGGGUUCCCACAUCAGCAAAGUGAGAUCGCUGGGACUAGACGAGUGGCCUCCGGGCCAUCUGAGUGUGAUGCUGGCGAUCGGCAACAGUCUGGCGAAUUCGGUGUGGGAAUCAAACAGCCGAGGCGGGCGGGUGAAACCGACACCGGCCAGCUCCCGGGAGGAAAAGGAAGCCUGGAUCCGGGCAAAGUACGAGGCGAAAGAGUUCCUACCGACGUUUACGGCCACGCCUCCGGUUGGUCAACAGCUUCGGGAAGCUGUCGUUCGAUCUGAUAUGAAAGCCAUCAUCAUUCUGCUUGCCCAUGCCAACGUUGACCACAUCAAUUCGACUGUGAGCGUGCGGGAUCUGAGGACGCCACUGCAUCUGGCCUGUGCCAUCGGAAAUCUAGCCAUCUCGCAAUUGUUGAUAUGGCACCACGCUAACCUGAAACACAUCGACCACGAGGGAAGAUCCUGUCUGACGUACGCCAAGGCGGCCAACUCUCUAGCCGCAGCCCGACAAGCAAGCAAUACCCCGCACCAUGUGAACGUUGAAACGACCUCGGCACUGGUGGAUCUUUUGGGUAGCCUGGGGUGCACAGAUCCAGCCCCAUUCACGGCUAGUGGAACGCUCCCGCGGCGGAGGGAAACCAUCGAUCCGUCGGCCAUUUCCACGUCCUCGACUUCGUCGUUGGUCAGCUCGUUUGAGAAAUUUUCCUCGAACUUGAUCUAGAAACACAACUUAAAAUCG